AUAAAUAAAAUAAAAAAUGAAACAUUUUUAAGAUUAUUCAGAUUUAGCUUUGUUAUUUUAUCGAACCAAAUCUUUUUUCUAUUAAUUUACAGUUAGUUUAAAGAUAAGAUACAAAGGAUUAUAAAAAAUGAUGGAUACUCAGUCAAAUAUUAAUGAUGAAUUAAGAGAAUAAGUAAAAGCAAAAGAUUUAAUAACAAGCUUUUAUAAAUUUAAUUCACCUCAACUUCUAUUUGAUUGGCAAGUUCAAACGGAUAAAGAAAUAGGUGGGGAAUCAAAAGGUGCAUUAUUUUAUAAUGAAAAAGAAUCUUGUGUAACUGUUAUUGGAAAAACAAUAAAUGAAAGAAAUGAUUUAUUAAGAUAAAGAAUGUAUGUAGCAUUAUAAUGUCUUUGCCUUUUGAGAACUAAUUUAUAAGAUUAUAAUGGCAUAAGACUUAGAAUAUAGACAAAUGGAAAUUUGUAUAAAGUUGUGUUAACAUGUAAUACUAAUUAUGAGAAUAUUCAUGAUUGUUAUGCAUUUAUUGUUGAUAAAACUAAUUAAUGGUAAACUUUAGAAAUACCCUUUUCAAGAUUUUUAAUUGAAAAAUUAAAAGGAUAUGAAAAUAAUAAAUUUAUGGAACAUAUAAUUGAAGAUUAAUAAAAAUUUAUAAUAUAUGGACUUUCUGUUAUAUUAGAAUCUGAAAAAGAAGAAGAAUGUUUUUUUUAAUUAAAAGAUAUUGAAUUUAUAUAUAAAUUCGAAUUUAAUGAAUUAAUAAAAUAUUAUUAAAGACCUUUUUUUUUUUAAUAACCAUAAAAUUAUUAAGAAAUAAAUUAUAUAAAUUUAGGUUAAAUAAUUUUAGAAAAAAAAGUCGAAUAAUAAAUAAAUUAUCCAUCUGUAAAUGAAUAUCUAAAUUAAAAAGAAAACUAAUAAUUUUAAUCAAUAGAUUUCUUCUGUUUUUUUAACGAAAAAUCUUCCUAUAUUUUUCAUUGA